UCUUUGCAGAUUUUGGCAAUCAUUUCCAUCAUGUUCAUUGUCCUCUCUACGAUUGCCUUGUCACUCAACACCCUUCCUGAGCUCCAAGGCAUGGACGAAUAUGGUAAUCCCACAGAUAACCCCCAGCUGGCCCACGUGGAGGCAGUUUGCAUCGCAUGGUUUACAAUGGAAUACCUCCUACGGUUCCUAUCCUCACCGAAGAAGUGGAAGUUUUUCAAAGGUCCACUGAAUGCCAUUGACUUGUUAGCCAUCUUACCCUACUAUGUUACCAUCUUCCUCACAGAAUCAAACAAAAGUGUACUUCAGUUUCAGAACGUGCGGAGGGUGGUUCAGAUAUUUCGUAUCAUGAGGAUACUCCGAAUUUUAAAGCUUGCCCGGCACUCUACAGGUUUGCAGUCCUUGGGAUUUACACUGAGGAGAAGCUACAAUGAACUGGGGCUGCUGAUUUUAUUUCUGGCCAUGGGCAUUAUGAUCUUUUCUAGCUUAGUUUUUUUCGCAGAAAAAGAUGAGGAUGAUACAAAAUUCAAGAGCAUCCCAGCAUCUUUCUGGUGGGCAACGAUAACCAUGACGACAGUUGGCUAUGGAGAUAUCUACCCUAAAACACUCUUAGGUAAGAUUGUUGGUGGGUUGUGCUGUAUUGCUGGUGUCUUGGUGAUUGCCCUUCCUAUCCCAAUCAUUGUAAAUAACUUUUCUGAGUUCUACAAAGAACAGAAGAGGCAGGAGAAAGCCAUCAAGCGCAGAGAAGCCCUUGAAAGGGCCAAAAGAAAUGGCAGCAUUGUGUCCAUGAAUAUGAAGGAUGCUUUUGCCCGUAGUAUAGAACUGAUGGACAUAGUGGUGGAGAAGAAGGCAGACAAUGCAGGGAAAAAGGAUAAAGUUCAGGACAAUCAUUUAUCCCCAAACAAGUGGAAGUGGGCCCAGAGAUCAGUGUCUGAAACCAGCUCUAACAAAUCGUUAGAGACAAAGGAACAACAAGGGUCACCUGAAAAAGCACGUUCCUCUUCCAGUCCUCAGCAUCUGAAUGUCCAACAGCUGGAAGAUAUGUACAACAAAAUGGCCAAAGCUCAGUCUCAGCCAAAUCUUAACACUAAAGAAUUAGGUCAAUCCAACAAGCAAAAAGAAGAGCUUGAAAUGGAGGCGAUCCCUGGCCCAAUGGUUCCUUUGCUGACCACACGUGCAGAUGGAAUCGUUGACAUGAGGAGCAUGUCAAGCAUUGACAGUUACAUAAGCUGCGCAACAGAUUUUCCUGACUCUGGGAGAUAUUCCCACAGCCCCCUAACUACACUGCCUAGCAAAGGUGGACUAAAUCCAGUUCAUGAUCCAUAUCGGCUAGAAGGAAGUGGGGCCAAAUUCAUGGAGAUAAAACCAAAUCUAGAAAGUGCCCAUUGCUCCACUUUUUUCAUAGAAAGCCCAAAAAGGUCCAUAAAGGUUACUAAUCCUCUGAAGCUAAGAUCUCUGAAGGUUAACUUUAUGGAAGAGGAUGUCAGUUCGAUAGGGUCAGCAGCUUCAAAUGUCCUGAGAAUAUAUCCAGAUUCCAUUAAGAACAGGGGAAUUCCAGGUGCAACUACAGAUAGUUCCAUACAUUCUGAUCGAUCCUUGAUGAGUCCAGAAACCUCUCUCUACACCACAGCAAGUACAAGAACACCCACCAAAUCACCAGAGAAGCAGACAGCAAUAGUUUUCAACUUCCAUGAUGCCGGGAUACAUAAAUAUAUUGACGCUGACACUGAUGAUGAAGGACAACUGCUGUAUGAUUCAAGCCCUCCGAAAGCCCCGCCUGGAAAUAUAAGUCCCAAAUACAGCAUUUCAAACAGUGGCUAUUUAAGGCAAAGGGAUCCCGUUUUUAGAACACAGAAGAACCACUUAGAGACUGCUGCUUUACCCUCCUCAUCCAAACUCCUAGGGCAGAAUUGCCUUUAUUCAAUGGACAGUAUCACUGGAAGAACCCGUGGUAACCGGGAAAGUAUCAAAUUAGAGAAUCACAUUUCACCUGAGGUUCACAUAUUGCCGAGUGGAGGAGGAGGACAUGGGAAUACACGUGAUCAAAAUAUCUGACAUGUGCUCCAGAACUUUUGUUGAAAGCUUAAAUAAAAAGGGAAUGCCUUUACACUCGACACACAAAGAAGAGCUUCUGCAUGGCAUGAACUUUUGACUGAAACAAGCCACCUGUUUUGUAAAAGCCAAGAGAAUGCCCUUAAAG